CCGUAGCAGCUUAACUGUGGCAAAAGUCACUUCAGUUGUAACAUAAAAUCGUAUAACUAACAAAUUACAUUAUUGAAUUUUUCACGGACCUUAUCAAGUUGAACAUUUUGUUGGCCAAUACGUUAAAGUUUACAGAGUUGUUAGGAUAUUUGGGCGAUGUUUGCCGUUUGUAUACAAGGAUAUUUGCUUAAUUUCUGUUUCCAAUGAUAAGACUUUACUGGUCAGUAUGUGAUGAUUUGACUUGACCGAACAUUGCAUGCGAGUCAUUUACAUUAGUAUAGUGGUUCAAUAAUAGAGGCGUGGAUCAGCUGUGUCAUAUUUCGUUAAUUUUAUUUUUGUUAUGGAAAAGAGUCAUUGACCUUCCUCUGUGAAUGAGAUACUUUACUAUUGAAAGUGUUUAUUGAAUUUUAUGAUAAUCAAAAAAAACAAAAGAGAGAUGUAAUUAAUUUGUGAAACAUGUUUUAUUGAAAAAUUUAACAAUGAAAUGUAUAUAAUGAUAUAUAUUUUGGAUGCAAUAUUUCAUUUAUAAGGACAAUUUUCUUGGAUAGAAAGUCAUAGGAAUAGUACUGUGAUAAUUAAUUUUGAAAACAAAUUAUUCAGUUGGAGUUUAAUUUCUUUUAUUGUGACUAAUAAAGUUGCUUUGGAUACUCCUGCUGUAAACAAUGACAGAAAUUUAUCAAGUGCGUUGAAAGAAUGAGGUGUGAUUCAGAAAUGUUGAAUUAAUUUAAUAAACUGUUCAAUCUAAUGGGCACAGAAGUGGCGUCCAGACCUCCUUUACCACCGGGCCUGAAUGUAGGCUCGAACUCACAAGGUCCGGGGCCAGGGCGCAAGAAAAGGGAACGAGAGCAGUCAUUUUCUAGCUCUGGAAGUAUAAAUGCAGUGCCUCAACGAAUAUACAGUCGAGAUUAUCAAUUACGAAUUCAGGGACAAAAAUAUAAUCUUGCCACGGCCUUUGUUUGCAUGGGUGCCAAAAUUCAUCAAAGAUUUUCACCAUCACAAGACGAAACACAAAGAUAUUCUCAGGGAUCUCAUUUGACUUUUGAAGAAUUUUCAUCUCAAAAUGUGCCUAAAAAAGUGCAGAAUCAAAAUUCGCUUGUCCGAAGAAAUAAAGACUUUUCUCAGGACUUACUUAGAAAAAAGUAUGGACAUUCUCCAGAAAGCUCGAACUUUGAUGUUGAGGUUGCGGAAUAUAAUCAUAGAAAAUCAGACUCAUUAGAUCUCUGUCUCAACUAUUUGGAAUCUCAAGACAUCUUAAAUUACUCAAAAAUUCAUCCUAGACGAGGUUUAUCCAGAGUAACUCUAGAAGAACAUCCAACAAGUUCAUUAGAAAUUGUCGACCACCAAAGCUUGCCACAAGAUUUCUCCAACAAAAUUGUUGAAGCAAUAUCAAAUUUUCAAGAAACACCAUUAAGCAGUAAUCGCUCAUCACCUACCAUCACCGAGGGAGAGAUAGCAAGUUCUAGUCCAUCUAUAGUACAGGGAGACAUCUGGGGUACUGGAAAUACUACAGAGAGGAGCAGUGUUGAUUCACAAUACUCCUGGGAUGAGUUUGACAGACAGGCAGCAAAGACAGUACAGAAUCUCUUUGAUGAGAUAGACGCUGUAUUGUACGAGCGUCGCAAUCAGGCAGAAUAUAUCUUCAAAGAAUGCCAAGAAUGGGGCUCACUUUUCCCUCACUUACGGGUACUAGGACGGCAGCUGUUGCCAGUUCAGGAAUCGGGGUACGAGGUUAUAGAGCGGGAGUUAUCACGACCAAACACCACAAGCAGCAUGGGAUUGAUGGACAUUACAGACCAAGAUCUCUCAGGCUCACAAGAUUCUCAGGGGUUGUCAGUUAGUGGGAGGCAUGUGCGGGCCAUUGUACCUCCCGUUGAGGCGAGGUCACGUAACUCAGGUACACCAUCAACUCACCUGUCCGAAUUCUCAUUCCUCGAGGAAGAAGUUUACGAUGCUGAGGGCGAAUAUGAGGAAAUCAUUGCUGUCGAUUAUAAAGAUAUUUAUGAAGAUCAUCAUGAGAAUAAGAAACAGCUGACACCACGGAGAAGACGUGUGGCGUAUCCUCCCAUAACCCCUAAUGCCUGCUUCAAAGACAGUGUGGCAAGCUCAGCCUUUGACUGCAUGUGGCAAGAGAUUAUUUCAUGGAUUAGACCGCUGUUGAAAAAAUACUCAAUAAUUGUUUUAGAUGACAGUAAAAGAAGGAACCAGUCAAACCAAAUUUCACAAUUAUUAAAGAAUGCAUCCACACCAGGGCCACCAUCUAGGGAAAAUUCACAGAUCAGGUACAAUCCAUUGGGUACAAGAGCACACACCAUGAUAGCGUUGGAAAGACCAAUAGAAUCACCAAAACUCGAUGGUGUCCUACAAAUAUCACAGAAAAUUCCAAUACACAGGGAGACAUCUAAAAUACUCUCUGAUGUGUCAGAACAGCAGAUGUCUGUACCAUUAGCAAGGCCAGUGUCCAGUAUACCCACAGUACGUCGGCCGGGCAGUGUUCGGUAUCUGGCUGGUGGACGCGGACGGGGAAAUGUCAGACUAGCUCCUAUCUCUCAUGACAACAGAUCUAAAACACCAAGUGUGCAGGAUGAGGAGAGGAUAGGGGUACAUAAUCCUUUACUUGUGAGGAAGAUUAUUCCACCCGGUCUCCAGGGGCGACUGUCUUCACCUCUGUACAAUUCUAGAAAUGGUGCUGCUCUACCCCCUAUUGGUACCCCUAUGGAGCUUGAACCUAAUGUUCGUCUACAGAAAAAGCUGGUGUCCAGUCGAGCGAGCAGCGCAGUUGAUAAGGAUAUAAGAGUGGCCUUUAAGGACCGUUUUAUCAGUGCUCAGGACACAAGGCCUAGUACUACUCAUGCUUUUAGGUCUGAGACACCUCAAGGAAUGGCUCGACGGGCGUCAACUCCAUUCAAUAAUUCUGUUGCAUUUAAUAACUCAUCUUCAUCAAGAAACCCAAAUUUUGGUCCAAUGCACCUUGAUAUUCGUGGAAAUGGGCUCCAGCCAUCACAAGAUCUAGGACACCUUGGAAAUAUUCCGCCUGAAAUUCUUGAAGAUCCAGAGGGUAUUGAAGAAACUGUACGCGCAAAUCAGUGGAGUAAAGGUUUUGCAGUGUCACCAAUACGAUAUACAAGUGCUCCACAAUUUUUGUAUUACAAACAGCGCUCCUUCGACACCUAGUCAUAACAACCCAUAUUAUCGCAGAGGUCGCCAAAUGAGUUCUCUAGUGAGAUCAUGAACACUGCAUCAUUGACUUAUAUUAUAAUUUAUACAUAUACCGGUACAUUCUUUAAUUUAAUGGACAUUCUAUGAAUGCUAUUGGACAAACAAAUUUAAAUGUUUUAUUACUGACAAACAUGACAGUAUGUGCCAAAUUGCCAAAAAGUGUCAUUUUAUGUAGGUAUGCGAUAGUAUGACAGGUACAGAACCCAGAAAAGGAAGUGAUUUUCCAAGCUUUUUCGUGAUAAUGACACUUAUCUGGAUCCUAAAGAUGGAUUUCAGAAGAUUCAAGCUUCUGAUGAUAGAGAUGAACUAGCAGACAACAUGACUUGUGGUGUUUGAGUAGUUACUUCCUUUGUAUUAUAGACACGUUUCUUGGAACUUGAGUUUAGCAUAGGUUUAUGCACUUGUCAACUAGAGACAUUCGUGUUAUGAACUAAUGAGUUGAUACAGAACCUCCUGAUAGUUGGGAUGUAUUGUAUUGCUUUCGUGAAAAGGAUCUGAUGAGAGACCUCACAUUAUAUUAGAUAUUAUAGUUGUGCUACAAAAUGGCGAUUGUUUUCUUUUUGUCUGUGAUAGUCCAUUUUUUUCAUUAGAAUUAUGUUAAGAUUUCUGCAUUGUAUAUACAUAGUCAUUUUAGUGUAGUAAGUCUUUAAGUUCAAUAAAAAGGCCUGACAUUACCUGUACAAUCUGCUUGUUUGAUGUUAGAAGGAAAUGGAUAUGAAUAAGAUUGCUGAACGUACAACUGUUGCUAAUCUUUAAACGCAGUGGUCCUUGACUACCGUCUUAAAGCAGUCACAAAAUAGCCUUAGAUUAUUAAUUUUUAACCUUUAUAUACUUACUGAAUGUCGGAAAAUAAAAUCUUACAUAAAAGUACUCUUACAUUUAACUAUUCUUUUCAAGAUUUUCUGUAUGUUUUUUUAGCUCACC